CUCUUUCUCUAUCUCUUAUUUCCUUUGAAAAAAUCGUCGAACAUGGAAUUAAGUAUUUGCUUGUACUGCGAAAAACGACUUGCCAACGAUAGCAUGAAUUUCUGUUCAGGCGUUUGCCAGGCAAAAGAAGCGUCCAAUAUUUAUGUGUCUGACUCGCACGAACAUAAUAUAUUCCAUCCAUCCAGCUAUACCCUUUCCUAUCAUCGUCGUCAAUCGUUUUCGUAUCCAUCGCCUGAGCCACGGCCGAAAAAUGCACAACGAAGGAUGUCUUGCGCAGGCAAAACUCGGCCAGUGUUUCUCCUACCAUCCAUGUCGUCUUCAUCGUCUUCAUCAAUGUCCGACUUAUCAGAAUUCUCAACGGCAUCGUACGACGAGCAGGAAGUCAAUACCUCUUUUCGUGUAACUGACGGGGCGGCUCUGCGCUCAGUGAACGAUUUGGACAUCGCACAUACAAUUUACUCUUGAUACCCCACAAUUUCUUCCCAUUCCUUCCUUUUUGGCUAAUUUUUCUCCAGUGCUUGUGUUUCCAUUGCCCGUUUGUAAACAUGUAUACUUCUCAGACAUUCUCACAUACCCACACCCACAAUCUAUUCUUAUUUGCUUUUUGUGUUUUCUUUUGCUUUAUGUUUUUUGCACUUGAUUUCUUUUUUUUUUCUCUUGUCAUCAUAUUCAUUUAUUGCUUUUCUUGUCCUAUGCUGUUUUUUUAAGCUCUUUCAUAUUUCCUGUUGUUAUUUUCAUUGAUAUCUAUGUUUAAAUCUUGUUAUGGUUUCUUCUUUUUCCUACAUCUAACAAGCCGUACACCCGCUGUGCAAUGGAUGCCACCUGCUACUGGA